AUGGUCACCACGGCCAUCACCAUCACGGCCACGGACACGGACACGACCACCAUCACGGCCACGGCCACGGCCACCACGGUCACGGCCACCAUGGCCAUGGCCACGAGCACGUUACCGUUGUCCACACCGCCCCUGUUCACCAUCCCGCCCCCGUCCACCACGCUCCCGCCCCCGAGCCAACAGGGGCUCCGUUACAGCCACCCGCCGCCUGCCUAUGGUGCGCCGCCGGCCCACUACCCUGGCAUGGCUCCGCCGCACUACGGUGGCGCGCCCGGCUAUGGCGCUCCUCCCGCCCACUACCCUGGCGCGCCCGCCUAUGGUGCCCCUGCUCCCGCCUAUGGCGCCCCGCCAGCCACGGUCACGGUCAUGGUCAUGGCCACCACCACGGACAUGGUCACCACCACGGCCACGGCCACCACCACGGACAUGGUCAUGGCCACCACCACGGUCACCACCACUAAGCGAGAUGAUGGUAGAACGAAAGCGAAACCGAAGGCGCGACGCGAGUGGCCUCCUCCUCCGUGGGGUGAAGUGUAG